AUGCCACUCCAGGCAACUCACCUCCAAUGCCUUUGUGGCGCCAUCCAUGAACCUGCGACACUCCUGUCGUCCCAACAUCAACCAUCAGACCCAAGCACAAGUACAACAAUUCCCCUUCCGAUCCCCAAGUCCAUCUAUCGAACAACUAUCUGUCACUGCAACAUCUGCCGACAAACCACAGGUGCAGUAGGCGCAUGGUUUGUUCCCCUCAAAGGUCGACCCAGUGAGACCUCGAUGGCAAAUGUCUCGUCGUACAAUGCAACCAAAGACGUCACCAGAUAUUUCUGCAGCACAUGCGGCUGCAAUGUUUUCAUCUUUGACGGACCAACAGGCCACUGGAUCGCUUGUGCUGGCAUUGUAGAGACGGAAGACACCCAGGACAAUCAAGCCAUCGAGACAAAUCAGACACCAGAUGUUCAAAAACCUGGCAAAAAUGUUUCCAAUCUCCAGUAUCAUGAAUGGGUGGAUGAUGUCAAAGACGGCGGGUGGGCGGCUUUUCUGACUCGAUUGGACAAUGGUCGACAGGUUCCAUUUUACAAAGUCAGUCCACAUCAGUCGAAAGAGCAAUUAUCGCUCGAAGAACUACUUGCUGUACAACAGCGAGCAAGGGCAAAGACAGCCAUCUUAGCUUCAUCACGCGGAGAUCGAGAUCAGAUGACAGCCACUUGUCAUUGCGGCGGCGUCGACCUACGGAUCGAUCCCCCGACUAUCCACGAUACACACAAACACUCCCACCAGAAUGACGCUCCCACCUCUGAACCUCUACGUUACCCUGCAGCAAUCUGCUGUUGCAGAUCUUGUCGUUUGGCUUUAGGCUUUGCCCUUCAACCUUGGACAUACGUUCCUCCUGAUCGCAUUAGGACCGCCUCAGGAGACCUGGUCACCUUUGGUCCUGACACCAAGAAUAACGGCCAGAUCGAGAAGAUGAAACACUAUCAAAGCAGUGAGAAUGUCUUACGGAGUUUCUGCACCAGUUGCGGAGCAACAGUAUUCUUUCAGGAUGCCAAUAGGAUGUCUAUCAUUGAUGUCAGUGUGGGUAUCAUCAGGAGUGAUGAUGAGAAUGGAAUGGUGGAGGAGUGGUUGAAGUGGAAUCGCUCUGGUGUUAGCGCUAGAGAUGAGGUUGUUGAAGAGGAGUUGGUCAAUGCUUGGGUUACCAAAGAGUAGGAGUGAUUAUAUGCAGCAAUGCGGGAUGAUCGUUCAUUGUUCUUUAGCAACGAGUAUUGUCAUGAUGGUUGUACGGGAUCUGUGAAUGGAAACGCUUGAUGACUACCUUUGAAGUUACUGCUGUUUCUUGUAUGUGGAUAUGCAUUGUACCUGAUGUA